CCCAUCGCCUCUCCCUAAACAGUGUUUCGAGUUUCAUCUGAAAACCAAAAAAAAAACAUCCUCAGAAACCCCAACAAAAGAAACGCAGGUUUCCAUAUAUAAAUACGAUCCAACAAUAGGUGAAUAGGGCAAAGGAAUGCAUUAUAUCAAGUCCGAUAAAGAUAGAGAAAGAAUAAAGGGUUUGCUAAGAAGUGGCGAGUUGAGGUCAAUGAGUGUGUUUGGUGGGUUUGACAAGGGAACUGGUACAAAAAGGUGGAAAUGCAAUCACUGUAAUCUACGAUACAACGGAUCUUAUUCCCGUGUUAGAGCUCACCUCCUUGGGUUCACUGGUGUUGGGGUCAAAAGCUGUCCAGAAAUAGACAGGUCUUUGAGAGAAGCAUUUCAGAUCAUGGAGGAAGAGCGCCUUGCACGAAAAAAGGAAAAGACUUCUGGAAAGCCUGCCAAGCGCCUUCGGACUUCACGACCAAGUCUUAGCAGUGUCACCAAAGAAGAUGUUGAUGAUAUUGUAGCAAGAUUUUUCUAUGCUGAUGGUUUUAAUAUGAAAGUUGUGAACUCUCCUUACUUUCUUGAAAUGGCAAAAGCCAUUGCUGCCUUUGGCCCUGGGUAUGAACCUCCAACAAGAGAUGAACUUUCUGAUUCUUAUUUAAGUAAAGAAAAAGGAAGGAUUGAAAAAUCUGUGGCUCUAGUUAGGGAGUCCUGGCCUCACACAGGAUGCACAAUGCUGUGUAUCAGCCGCUUAGAUAGCUCAUUGGGUUGCCUCCACAUUGAUAUAUAUGUCUGUAGUCCAAGGGGACUUGCCUUUCUGAAAGCAGUAGAUAUAGAUGCGAAUGAUGAUAAUGUGUUCCCUGGUGCCCUUACUGAUGCAAUUAUAGAAGUUGGGCCCACAAAUGUUGUUCAGAUAAUCUCACAUUUGGGCCCAGCCUGUAAAUCUUCUGAAUCCCUUAUAUUGUCAAAGUUCCCUCACAUUUUCUGGUCUCCGUGUGCAUCACACUCUGUCUGCAUGCUGAUGGAAGAAAUAGCUGAAUUGGAGUGGGUUAAAUCUGUUGUCGUGUGUGCUAAGGAAACCGAGCAAUGCAUCAUGUUAUAUCAACGCUCUUCUUCAGGUAUUUUGAUUCAAAACUUGGAAGGGAGUUCUGACCUGCUUUCUACCAAGUUUAUACCAUCCUAUGGCAUUGUCCAGAGGAUUUUUCAGCUAAAGCAAACGCUUCAAGAAAUAGUUGCUGGCGAAGACUGGAAGCAAUGGAAGCUUUGCAUUCCAGAGGACAUUGCAAGUAUUGAAGCUGCCAUUACUAGUGAUGAUUUUUGGAGCAGGGCUAAUUUAUUCUUGCAGUUAUGCGAGCCUUUUUUAAGUUUCCUUGCUACACUUAAUACUGAUCGAUCUGUGAUGGGUGAUCUUUAUGAUUGCCGGGUUCAGGCUCUUGAAGCAGUGAGAAGCCAGAGAAUUGAUAGUCUCUCGAAUCUGUUGGAGGAAUUGAUAGAGAACCGAUGGGAUGUGUUAUUUUCUCCUCUUCAUGCUGCUGGUUACGUACUUAAUCCUAAAUAUUUUGGUAAAGGUCAAACAAAGGAUAGAACUGUAAUGCGUGGUUGGAAAGCCACUCUAGAAAGAUAUGAGGGUGAAGCUACUGCAAGACGAGUUCUCAGAGAGCAGCUUAGCUCUUACUGGCGACUAGAAGGAUCCUUAGGAGAAGAAGAUGCUGUGGAUUGUAGGGAUAAGAUGGAUCCGGUUGCUUGGUGGGAGAACUUUGGUUUCGAAACUCCCCACUUACAGACACUAGCAGUGAAAGUUCUGAGUCAGGUUUCAAGUGUUGGAAUGUGUGAAGAGAUAUGGCAAGAUAACGAUUUCCCAUGUCGAAGAACAGCCAACAGGUUGGAAGUGGAAAGAGUGGAGGAUCUUGUUUUUGUUCGAAACAACCUUAGACUACAUAGCCAAAGGAAUGGGAUUUCAAGAUCCCCAUCUUUUCAAAGGAAUCAAAUUCCAAGCAGCCCAUCUGGAAUUAAAACGUGGGAUGUUACUCGUCUUGAUCAAAUAAAGACGAUAUUUAGCAUUCAUGACACGUCCUGAUAGCUUGUAAGCCAUUUCUAUUUUGCUGCUGAAGUUAGUGGAGCCUUGGACACAAGUUAAUUACUUGUUGAAGAUGAUGCCAGAGUAGCAAUAGAUUCCAGAGUCUUGAAAAGGUGAGUGGCAUCUUUGCCUAUAUCUUCAGCUUAAGCAAGAUUGUUGGCUCAUAAACUUGUCUUUAGAAAUGCUUUCAUCCUGAAUUCGUUUCUAACUUGAGAGUAAUAACUAACAUAUUACGCAGGUUCUCAUAACUAGAAUGAGAAAUGUUUGGUCUACAAUGAGAUUUUAUAAAAGUAAACUUACAAACCGACAAGAUUUGAUAUGGUACAUCUGAUUGUAAAUAGUUUUUUAUUUUGUAAAGUAGAUGUAACGGAUUGCAUUAAACCA